AUGACAGCCAUUCCGUUGGAAGAGCUACGCGUAGGUGCUACAGAAGCUUUAAGCGACCCAGAAGGAGAGAAGCUAUUUGCCCAAGUCCAUGCCGAGCAUACAACAACACCGAGUGGAAUAUCUCUGGGUAUCACCCGACCAAAGGAUACUCAAGGAAAAACAUUGCCUGUGAUUCUUUUUAUUCACGGUGGUGGAUGGGUUCUUGGGGACGAGAAUAUGUAUAAAGGUCUCCGAGCAUAUUUGACAUUGCACGCUAAGGCUGCUGUCGUUUUCGUCAAUUAUACGCUCAGCCCAGAAGUGAAAUACCCGAUACCCCUCGAAGAGUGCUACGACGUUCUCUCAUGGAUUGUGGAUACCGAUCCUUCGGUGCACCAAAUGGAUCCAACUAAGAUCGCGGUUAUCGGUGACAGUUCAGGUGGAAAUCUUACUGCUGCUUUAUCUGUUCUAGAUAAACAAAGACGUGGAACCACAGUGAUCAAGAGCCUAGUUCUGUACUAUCCUGCUCUUUGCGCUACCAACUUUGAAACUGACUCUUACCAGGUUUUCUCCGAUGGUUACUUCUUGACGAAAAAGGCAAUGCAACUGUAUUGGAAUUGGUACCUCCCGGACGACCAUGAUGAGCAAGUUCGAUUGCUUAGCACUGUAUCGCCAUUACAUGCUACUGUGGAGGAAUUGAAGGAUACUGCCCCCGCAUUAAUUAUUACUGCAGAAGCUGACGUUUUGCGCGACGACGGAGAAGCUUAUGCCAGAAAACUAAUCAGUGCCGAUGUGCCUGUCGUUGCAAUUCGUGCACUGGGAACAAUACAUGGAUUCUUAAGUAAUUAUGCUAAUGGAGCUAUAUCAUUCUCAGUGCUGAGCCAAACGAUCGAUUACUUACAUCGCCAGUGGAGCAAUCAUAUAUAG